UUAGGGCUUGUAGUGACUACUCGUAGAAGUAAAUAAAGUUCCGAAAUGAGUGAAAAACUCGUUCUCUACGGCCUCGAAAGAAGUCCGCCGGUACGCGCCGUUUUACUCACACUAAAUGCUUUGAAUUUGGAAUUCGAACUAAAAGAGGUGGAUACAUUUAAAGGUGAACAAUAUUCUGAGGAGCAGUUGAAAAAGAAUCCAGCGCAUACAAUUCCAGUACUCGAAGUUGAUGGCAAAUAUAUAGCCGAUUCUCACGCCAUUAUUGCCUUUUUGGCUAGCAAAUAUGGCAAAGACGAUUCGCUCUAUCCAAAGGAUCUGUAUCAACGCGCCAUUGUCGAUCAACGUUUGCACUAUGAGAAUGGUGUUAUCUUUAACGAAACAUUGAAACAACGUUUGCGUCCAUUACUUACAAGCGAACUGCCACAAGCGGCGGUUGAUGAAGCAUUUAAAGCCAUUUGCGAUGUAUACACUGUGCUGGAGGCUUAUCUCAAUCAAAAUAAAUAUAUGGCUGCUGAUCAUUUAACAAUAGCCGACCUAAGUCUCCUAACAACGGUUGCUGUUAUGGAUUUAAUUGUGCCAGUCGUGGCGGACAAGUGGCCAAAGUUGACAGCGUGGUUGGAGAAUAUGAAGCAGUUGCCAUAUUAUGAGAAAGCAAACGGCAAAGCGUUGAAGGCAAGCGAGGAAGUAAUUAAAUCGGCAGUGGCAAAGUAUAAGAUAUAAGAAACAGUAUAAUAUAGUGAAAUCUCCCAUAAUCGGACAUUGGCGGGACCAACCUUUCUAUCCGGUAGAGGGAUUAUCCUUAAUAAAUAUCAAGAAAUACUGGAAAUGUUGGGACUGCCCAAGGUGCACGGUUAAUGGAGAUAUGCUCUUAAUAGAACCUUAUAGAUUAUAGAUUUAACCUUACUUAUAAAUGAACAAAUGUAUAUUGUUAAGGAAAUCUUCUUUUAUAUGACAAAUAAAAACAUUUUGUGAGUC